AUUAAAGUGUAUAAGUGUUUCUCUUAUGUUGUGGGGAUUUCGUUCAUACAAUCGGAAAAGUGUUUAUUAUAGGGUAAGAAACAAUUUUUUGACUUCAUAAUCAGUCUAAGAUACUUAAUAAAGGUUAUAUAAGUGUUAUUCAAACCGCAAAACGUUGUUUUUGUUUUAUAAACCCUACUUCCUCGGAAAAGUCUCGGAAUAUUCCGAGGAAAUUCCGAGGAAAAACCUAAAUCCUAUUAUCCCUCGGAAUUUCCUCGGAAUUUUUAAAAUCCCCCAAGGGCUCUGUAGCGGCUAUAAUAUAUCCUCGGAUAUUCGUCGGUGUUUUCCGAGAAAUAUUAUUUCCUCGGUAUUUCAUCGGUAUAUUUCGAGGAAAUGCCGAGGAAACCCAAAUUUUGGUUUUCCUCGGAAAUUCGUCAGAAUAUUCCGAGGAUCUCAUUUUCCGUCAGAAUGUCUAUCAGAAUUACGCUGUUUUCUUGUAGUGGGUUUUGAAGGAGACGCUUAUGUAUUAUAGCAAAGAAACAUAAAAACUGUUAUCUUUAGUUAGCGCGGUAAUGCCCGCGACACUUAGAAAAUUUUUAGCUCCUAAAAUCAAUUAAGCUCCAAAUAAAAAAAUAGAAACCCCCAAAAAUUAGGGUUCUCCCAUCUCUCGUUUGUGUCUCCCCCAUUUCCUCCAUUCGAUCGAUAAUCAGAAACCAAAACCUCUCAUUUCUCUGAAUCUAGCUCACAUCAAAUCUCACUCUCAAUUAUCAAACUCUUUACUUAUCUCAUCCAGAAUCGGCAAAAUCACGUCCCCUCUGAUCGAAAUCCAUCUCCAAUCAGUCGAAGGGAGAUUUCAUUCCACAGUUUUCGAUUAAGCUAGGUCAAAUCAAAGUUCAAGAAAUCUAUCAGGUAAAAUUAGUAACAAAACAAUUCCAUUUAAGAACUCUCGUUCUGUUUUGUUUUUUGUGGGUUGAUAAAGUUAAUCACUUGUAUGUAAACUUGGUUUGGAGCUGAAACAUGGAUAAAUCUUGGGUUUGGUUACCAAGGAAUAGCCUUGAGUAUGAGAAAGGAGCCAGUGACUUUGUGUCUUCUUAAUCGAGCCGUUUAGGUGUUCCAGCUGAAAUGUUCUGCCCUUGUGUUGAUUGCCGCAAUGUCUGCCAUCAGUCUAGUGAAACAGUUUUCGAGCAUCUUGUGAUUAGAGGGAUGGAUCCGAAGUACAAGAUUUGUAAAUUCUGGUCUAAACACGGAGAUAUAAGGCCUGAUAAGCCAUGUGAUAUCAACUCGUCUGAGAAUGAGGCGUAUGAGUUGGUUAGAACAGCUUUCAUGGCAAGUGAAGACCAUCAGUCAGCUCAGCAGGAGAGUGCAGAGGCGUUUGCGGGUAUUGACAGACCAGAAGAAGCUGAGUUCAGAAAAAAAUUGGAGGAUGCAGAAACUCCGUUGUACUCUCAGUGUGCUAAAUACACAAAGGUUGCUGCGAUCAUGGGACUCUACAGGAUUAAGGUCAAAAGUGGGAUGUCUGAGAGCUAUUUUGAUCAGUUAUUGGCGUUAAUUCAUGACAUGCUUCCGAAGGAGAAUGUGCUACCUAAGUCUACAGAUGAGGUUAAGAAAUUUUUGAAACAGUUUGGGUUUGGGUAUGAUGUCAUCCACGCCUGCAAGAACGACUGUAUCUUGUACAGGAAGAAGUAUGAGGAUUCGGUCAGCUGUCCAAGAUGCAGUGAAUCAAGAUGGGAGAAGGAUAAGCAUACUGGUGAAGAGAAGAAAGGGAUUCCGGCUAAGGUGCUUUGGUAUUUUCCGAUAAAAGACAGGUUCAGAAGAAUGUUUAGAUCAAAGCGUUUGGCGGAGGACUUGUGUUGGCAUUCCUCAAAUGCUUCUACCGAUGGAACUAUGCGACAUCCAGUGGAUUCCGUGACUUGGGGUCAGACUAACAGCAAAUGGCCGGAGUUUGCUGCUGAAGCAAGAAACCUAAGACUAGGUAUCUCUACUGAUGGCAUGAAUCCGUUCUCCAUCCAGAACACCAAGUAUAGCACAUGGCCUGUUCUCUUAGUCAACUACAACAUGGGUCCGACUCAGUGCAUGAAAUCCGAGAACAUUAUGUUGACAAUGUUGAUACCUAGCCUAACCGCACCAAGCAACAACAUUGACGUCUAUCUCCAGCCACUGAUAGAGGACCUGAAGAGUUUGUGGACAGAAGGUAUGGCAGUGUAUGAUUCGUUUAAAAAGGAGAUUUUCAAUCUUAGAGCUAUGUUGAUGUGGAGUAUCACCGACUAUCAUGGUUUAGGUACAUUAGCUGGCUGUAAAGUGAAGGGGAAGCAAGCCUGUAAUGUCUGUGGCAAGGAUACACCGCAUAGGUGGCUAAAGUUUAGUCGCAAACACGUUUACAUGGGGAACAUGAAGCGUCUCAUGCCUAAUCAUCCUUAUAGAAGAAGGAAAAGAUGGUUUGACAACACGGUGGAGCUUGGUACUGCAAAUAGGAUUCAGAGUGGUGCUGAAAUUUGUGAUAGUCUUAGGGAUUUUAAAAACGACUUUGGGAAAAAAGUUAAGUAAGAAGAGUAAGCGAAAAAGGACAACAGGAGAUGAGGAUGAUGUUGUUUCAGCUGACGAGUACAAAGAAGAUGAUGAUCUCUGGCGGUGGAAGAAAAAAUCAAUUUUCUUUGACUUACCUUAUU